UCAGCAAUGCAUUUGUGUCAAAUCAGCAGAAAUUAAUAAGAAUCUGUAUGGAUGUGAUUAGGCGAGGCCAUUUCUGGCUGAAGGAGGACCACAAGCAAAGGAGGUGUCCAGAAAAAGCAGGAGUCCUGGCUGGGAGGAGUGGAGUGCACAUGUUGGGCCACCUGGCCCAUGAGACCAGAAAGGUGGGUGCAGGGCUCUACCAUGCCUUUCAGCUAAGGAAUCAAAGGCCUGCUGACUGGUCACUGAGCACCUGAAAGGAGAUGGUAUACUAUGGAUCAUUAACGUGCCAUUUGAGCAAACUUUGGUUUGAAUCCAGCUGUGUAGCUUUGGAACCUGUGAAAAUUUGCCAACAACAUUUUACCUCCACACAAAAGUGGCUAUGAACCACUUGAACACAUCUCUAAUUAAAUUCCAAAUAAAUUCCCCUCAGCCAGAUCUCAAAAAUGCCAAUGACUAGUCCAAGGCCAAUCCAAUGGGAGUUUAGCCUCUAGACUCCAGUGUCACAGACUGAGGGGUGAGGGAGUGUUAGAGUAGAGACAGAGGACUUAACUAAUUAAGGUUAAAAUAUUUACUUUUACUAGAUUUUACAAAAAUAUGUUGCUAUGUGAACACAUUGCUUGGAUCCUUCCCAGGACUCUAGGAGAGACCCUGGAAUGGUCCGGAAGCUUCAUGGUAAAUCUUUCUGGAGGCUGGACGCGCGGAGGGUGGAUAGGUAGAAGAGGACUAUUCCUCCAGGCAGAGGGAACGUGGGUGUAAAAGCUCCGAGUGACCCUCCUCACUGGCCAGAAGGGAUGAGGGUAGGGUGGAGAAGGAUUGGGCAGCAGGUUUGGGUGGUAGGCAGAGUCAGAACAUCCAGGGCCUUGCAACCCAUGUAAACAGUCUGCAUCUUAUUCCCAAUGCAAAGGUGAGCCUUCAGGGUGUAAUUCUCAAAGCAAACCUGAGGCUGGUUAAAGUUAUUAUUAUUCCCAUUUUACAAAUAAAUGCCCUUGAGGAAGUUACAUAAUUUGGAGGAGAUAUCAGGUGAAUAUACCAUGGACUGCCAAACGAACAAAUCUGUCUUGGAAGAGGCACGACCAGAAUGCUCCCUGAAAACAAGGGUGGCAAGACUUUGUUUCACAUACUUUGGAUUUGUUAUCAGGAGGGACCAGUCCCUUGAGAAGGACAACAUACUUCGUAAAAGUAGAGGGUCAGCAAAAAGGAGAAAGACUGUCAAAAAGAUGGAUUGACACAGUGGCUGCAAUGAUAGGCUCAAGCAUUACAAUGAUUCUGAGGAUGGCGCGGGACCGGGCAGUGUUUUGUUCUGUCGUAUAUGGGGUCAAUACGAGUGGGAACCGACUCUACAGCACCUAACAACAACUGGGUAGGUUCAAACCACCAACCUUUUGGUUAGUUGCUAGCACUUAACCAUUUUUGCCACACGGGAAGUCCCCCAGGGUCCUCUAGUGGGAAUAAAAUAGUAAGGGUGUCAUGGUGAUUAAAUAAGAAAAUGAGUCUCAAUGUGGGCUCAGUGACUGGUUGGAAGUUAGGUUUUGAAAAGCCGUAUUCUGUGAAGAGAUCAAGAGGCUUGCCCAGGGAUUAGCUACAUUUAGGAAUGAGGUAUGACUAGGGUGGGCACCCCAGGGGUAUUUUUAAUUAAUGCUGCUUGUGGCUAAUGUUUUGUGUCAUCUUGGCUGGGCUACGAUUCAGUGGUUUAGCAGAAUUGAACUGAUUUCUCUUCUAUAAUGUACUAAAAUAUAAUCACCUCCAUGAAGACCUCCAUGAUGGGAUUUGAUAUAAUGCAAUCACCUCCAUGAUGAGGUCUGCUAUGAGCAGCCAAUCAGAUGAAAGGGGAAUUCCCUUGGGGGUGUGGCCUGCCUCCAGUAUAUAAAUGGAUAUUCCAGCAGGGCUCACUCUUUUCUGGAUCCUGCAUCUGACCUGCAGUUCUUGGGACAUGAGCCAGCAGCCUGCCAACUGACCUGCCCAUUUGUGGUUCAUCAACUCCUGCAACCACCUGAGUCAGGAGAAGCCUCCAGCCUGACACCUAACCCACAGAUUUGGGACUUGCCAGCUUUUACAACUGUGUGAUCCAUUUCCUUCAGUUAAAUCUCUCUUUCUAUAUUUAUAUAGAGAAGUUUCAUUAGUUUUGCUCCACAGUCCAUCACUGUAUCACCUGGAGAGACCCUGAAGUAGAGAUCAGCAUGGCUUCCGAUGGCUCUCCAACUGCAGAGUGUGAUCGUGAAGAAGAAAUAAGAACAGAACAAAAACGACGAAAGAGAAAACGACAUGUAUUUACUAAAGAAGAAUUGCUCAUUCUUAAUAACAAAUUUUCAGAGAACCCUUACCCUGAUUUUACAACCAGAAGAGAACUGUCCAACCUAGUCCAUUGUUCUAUGGGUGUAAUUGAAACCUGGUUCCAGAACAAGAGAGCUCGACUACCAGCUAAAGAGAGACACAGAAUCUUCGUGGUUAAGAAGGGAAAAGCAUUCCCUGUCCAAGGUCACUCACCUUUAAGCCUUCAGGAUACCAAGCCCGAAGCUCCCAAGGAUGGCCCUGAGCAGAGCUUCUCUUAUGCCCAGGAGACUCAGCUGGGUAGAGCUGGCUGCUCCUCUGUGGAGACACAGGGGGUUCCCAGUCAACAGCUUGGCUUAGAUGGCUCUGGGGUUCCAAACAUUCAAAAGGAACCAGGCUAUGCUUUGGAGAAUUCAGGUAACACAGCAAGCGGACUUUAUCCUGGCUCUGAGUUUCCCAGCUACAGAUCAGCACCUGGCCUUCAUUCUCCUGCAGCGUCUGUGGAGCAUUUUGACAGGGACAGGACCGAGAGAGGGAGAAGUCAGUAUGCAAGCCCCUACCUUCAGCAACAGGUUUACAGUGCGCCUGGAGGGAGGCAGCAGCAGGAGGAGCGGAAGGAUAGUCCUUACUCCCUACUGCAAGGACAGCAGCAGAAUGGCAGGCAGUGUCAUCUCCAGCAGCCUCAACAGCCUCAGCAUUGUCAAGAGAAGCUGUGGUUCCAGCACCCAAGUCAUGGGGAUCUAGGGCAGCAGUUGCCCUCCCUUCAGGCCCAGGAGCAGAGUUGGUAUCCUCAAACCAACAGAGAGUCAUUGUCUUCUCAGCUGCAGCAGGCAGCUCCCCAAACAGUGGCCGGGUCACAGCCACUGCCUCCGGGGCAAGAUACGCAGAAUGGAGCUGCAGAACAACCCAGGGCCCAACAGCAACAGCUUUGGGAUGAGCGGUCUGCUGGGGCCAUUGGCUGGGACUCCGGGAGUGCGUCCAGGAGAUGGUACUAGGCUUCCAAUAACAACAGCCACCAGUCAUUCACAGAGCAGCCCAAAAGCAAAGACCACUCCAGGAGUCUGGACGUAAAAAUGCUGUCUUCAGAAAGCCUAUGAGCAGCUGAUCCCCUCUAAUAGAGCGUCAGGGUCCAUCAGUGUUAGAGCCCCUGACCAUGCCCAUUAUAGUGCCCUGGAGAAAGCCUGGACCUGAGCACGUGGUGCAAAAUCAACAAGCACAAAGGUGGUAAACAACUCCCAAACAACAGUCUCAAAACCCAAAUCAAUUUGUGCUCCAGAAGGAUGUUCUUCUACAGCCAUGCUUUCCUAGGCACUCUGUCUCUCUCCCCCUCAGAGGCAAGAUAUCUAACAAGACAAGUAUCAAGGACUCUACUGCAGCAGCUUUUGGAUGGGAGGGCCACAAGGCUGCUACUCUCUACUCCAUGAUCAGGGCAGUAUCUGCAGGAUACGCAACAUGGUCUACAACGGCAGUGGUCAUACCCCCUCCAGCAGCCAGCCCCACUGAAGCCCUGGCUGUGAAGGGCACCCCAACAUCAGCCUGGCCUCCGUCCAUCUAAAAGGCAGCCCUCUCAUGGAAGCAUCCUGUGCUGAUGCAGGUGUGCAGCCCCCACCAUCCUGUCUUAGCUGAUGGCUGCUGCCUCGGAAUCCCAACUCCUAUGACCAAGUCACCUGUGCACAUGGGACCGGAGAAACCAAGGUUUGAGGGUACCCAGCGGAGCACCUGAAUGCCACAUGCUGACUCUAUUUUUUGAAUAGAAGUCUGAUGUCUGUGAACCUCUGGCUUUAAAUUUAGAACAAUAAAUUUUAUCUUAGUCUACUGAGAGGAGACUCAGCUCUUCCUAAGUAACAGAGGUUCCCCUUUCGGUGUUUUAGGUAAAAGCAUACUAAGAAUAGAGUGCACUUGUGUAUUUCCUUUCUAUUUUUUGAUUUGGCAAAAUGUAGUAACUCAAUGAUAAGGUAAUACAUGUUGAUUGUGAUAAUUUAACCAAUAUGGAGUCAUUCAGUAAAAGUCUGGACUUUUUUUCUGGCACUCCAAGUUCAUAUACUUGGGGUAAGCACUGUAAACCAUUCAAUAUGUUUUCUCCUAUAUUGUGUUAGAACAUGUUUCUUUAAAAUAUUAUUUAAAAUAUUUUAACCCAAUUGUAUCAUACCACACAAAUUAAUUUGCAAAAUAAAGCAUGACCUGUACAUUGCUCCAAGGCAAUACUGAAUCUUAUAUCUUCCAUCUGUUAUUGUGGUAAGACUGAG